CUUCCUGUUUCAUCGAUUCUUUCGACUCUCUGUUGCUCCUGACUCCGGGCUCCUCCGGGGGAAAGGGGAAGGGAAUCUAGGCCUAGCAAGCGGAGCGACGAGCUCAGCUGAUGCAACCUGACGGGACUAGCGUGACAGUUCCCGGCACGCGGAGACGGCGGCGGACGAGGAAAGGGCGCGGGUGCCGGCUGAGCGCGGGAAACAGAGAAAGCGGAGCCAUGGGUGAUGCUCCAAGCCCUGAGGAGAAGCUGCACCUUAUCACCCGGAACCUGCAGGAGGUUCUGGGGGAAGAGAAGCUGAAGGAGAUCCUGAAGGAGCGGGAACUUAAAAUUUACUGGGGCACAGCCACCACGGGGAAGCCACAUGUGGCUUACUUUGUACCCAUGUCCAAGAUCGCUGACUUCUUGAAGGCAGGGUGUGAGGUAACCAUCCUGUUUGCGGACCUCCAUGCAUACCUAGACAACAUGAAAGCUCCCUGGGAACUUCUAGAACUUCGAACCAGUUACUAUGAGAAUGUGAUCAAGGCAAUGCUGGAGAGUAUUGGCGUGCCCUUGGAGAAGCUCAAGUUUAUCAAAGGCACCGACUAUCAGCUAAGCAAAGAAUACACACUGGAUGUGUACCGACUGUCCUCCGUGGUCACACAACACGAUGCCAAGAAAGCCGGGGCUGAGGUUGUGAAGCAGGUGGAGCACCCAUUGCUGAGUGGUCUGUUGUACCCCGGUCUGCAGGCUUUGGAUGAGGAGUACUUAAAAGUCGAUGCCCAGUUUGGCGGUGUUGACCAGAGGAAGAUCUUUACCUUUGCAGAGAAGUAUCUCCCUGCACUUGGCUACUCAAAACGGGUCCAUCUGAUGAAUCCCAUGGUCCCUGGGUUAACUGGGAGCAAAAUGAGCUCGUCAGAAGAGGAGUCCAAAAUCGACCUACUUGAUCGGAAGGAGGACGUGAAGAAAAAGCUGAAGAAGGCCUUCUGCGAACCCGGCAAUGUGGAGAACAACGGGGUUCUGUCCUUCAUCAAGCAUGUCCUCUUUCCUCUCAAGUCUGAGUUUGUGAUCCUGAGAGAUGAGAAGUGGGGUGGAAACAAGACCUACACUGUUUACCUGGAGCUGGAGAAGGACUUCGCUGCUGAGGUUGUACACCCUGGAGACCUAAAGAAUUCUGUUGAAGUUGCCCUAAACAAGUUGCUGGACCCCAUUCGAGAAAAGUUUAACAACCCAGCCCUGAAGAAGCUAGCCAGUGCUGCCUACCCAGAUCCUUCAAAGCAGAAGUCUGCUGCCAAAGGCCCUGCCAAGAACUCAGAACCAGAGGAAAUCAUCCCAUCCCGGCUGGAUAUCCGUGUGGGCAAAAUCCUCAGCGUGGAAAAGCAUCCAGAUGCAGAUAGCCUGUAUGUGGAGAAGAUUGAUGUCGGGGAAGCUGAACCCAGGACUGUGGUGAGCGGCCUUGUACAGUUUGUGCCCAAAGAAGAACUACAGGACAGGCUGGUGGUGGUACUGUGUAAUCUGAAACCCCAGAAGAUGAGAGGAGUGGACUCCCAGGGCAUGCUACUGUGUGCUUCUGUAGAAGGGGUAAGCCGCCAGGUUGAACCUCUGGAUCCUCCUGUCGGCUCUGCUCCUGGUGAGCGGGUAUUUGUACAGGGCUAUGAGAAGGGCCAACCAGAUGAGGAGCUCAAGCCCAAAAAGAAGGUCUUUGAGAAGCUGCAGGCGGACUUUAAAAUUUCUGAGGAGUGCAUUGCACAAUGGAAGCAGACCAACUUCAUGACCAAGCUGGGGUUCAUCUCCUGUAAAUCACUAAAAGGGGGUAACAUCAGCUAGCCAGCUCGGCACCCUCCCACCAGCCUGUGUGCCAGCUCGACUUGUUGCGUCUCUCACCCGCUCCCAUCUCAGGACACUGAAGCACCAGGUCUGAACUGACUAGAUGAGGGACUUGGAAAGGGACCGCUCACCUUCCUACCGUGCGGGAGCACCCAGCCUGGCUGAAAGGAAACAGACUGCCUGGGCUAAGGGUAUGCUGCCCAGCAGUAGAAUGGCUCUACCUUCUUCCUUGGCAGCUGACUUGAGAAAUCUGGUUUCAAUAGAACCCACAGAAAAAGUUUAUUCCACGGUCCUUGUAAUUGGAAAAACACUGGUUCCCAAGUUUCCAUGGGGUUUUCCCUGCAGCUGUACUAGCUGAGAUCCAGUGCCUGGUCUGGGCUAAUUACAGCUUCUCCCCGUCAGGAAAUUGUGGGAUUUGAAAAGAAGGGAAAAGAGAGCCUAGAGGUCUCUCAAGCUUCCCAGGGCUGGCAGCGUUCUCCAGGCUUGCCUACCCUGAGGCUUGGCACUAGAGGCAGGAUUUGCCCAGCCUCUCUUGGGGUUCCCUUGAUCUGGCUAAGCUGGACACUCCCUAAACAAACCAGCUGUGUUAGCAGCAGGAUGGAAAUGGGCUGACACAGUGUGGAGCUUUCUUCAGAAUGCAAGAUACUUCGUAAGGCAUCUCAAUCACUCACCGCCGCUGUCAAAUUCAAAUAAAGCGUCUGAACAAGG